AUGUUAACUGGCUUGAAAAAGGAACGAAAAAAGGCAAAUUACAUAUACGAAUAUGGCAAUACGAAAACGUUGCAGAAAGAAGAUUCUAGUGGUGGGGAAAAUUUGACUUCCGUGCUGACUUCGGAUCAGGAAAAACUGAAAAAAUUCAACGUUAACAGCCUGUGGUACCACGAUAAUAUUAGGUGCAGAAAUGCCGCUGAAACGCUGUUAAAAUCAUAUGGCACUCAAAAGGACGGCCUAUUUUUAGUUAGGAGAAGCACGGCCUGUCUGGACGACUUCGUUCUCUCGUACGCACACAGAGGUCGCUUGCUGCACUUUCAUAUAAAAUACUUCCCCCACAAUGAUUCUUAUUCCUUAUCGAAGGCAGACGUUUCUGAGUAUGAAAAUAUAAAUGGCGGCCUAAACACAGUCAUUGACUACUAUAGAAAGAUGGUGAUUGGCAGUACGUGUAAAUUGACGGAGGCGUGCCCCGGGGGUGAAGUGGCUCCGCCCUUGACCUUUGCAUUCGGGGUCACUAAUUCUCUUCAUACCGCUAUCGAAAACAAAAAUCCGAACAAAGCAAUUAGCAUACUGAAGCACAAGCUAUCCCCCGAUGUUGAUCAGCGAAAUGCUAACGGCGUAACGGCACUGCACCUGGCAUGUGAAAAUGGUCUGCUUGAUGUCGUUGUGGCCCUCGUGAAGAAGGGCGCGACCGUGGAAGCCCGCGACAAAUUCGGACACACCCCCCUACAACUAGCCUGCAAAACGAACAGACAUCAAGUCGUACAUUUUUUAAUAGUGGAGGCACACGCCAACCCCCAAAUUAGGCUCCACCCAUUCGGUGACGUCGCACUUCACCUUGCAGCCCGGGAAGGUCACGUGGAAACUGUCAAGGUGCUUAUGAAGUUGGACGUUCCAUGCUUCCCGAGAAAUUUCGACUUGAAAACUCCGUACGAGAUGGCAGUCGAACGCGAUUAUAAGGAGAUUAUCAAGCUGCUAGCAGCUCAAACGAGACGAGAUUUUUGGUUUCAUCCCAACAUUAGCGACAGAAAAAGUGCCGAAAAGAUCCUGAACGAGUACAUAAGUCAAGAUGGUUACUUCCUGGUAAGGAGGUCAUCCAGUGACCCAGAUAAAUUUGUGCUGGACGUCUGCUUCAAUAGGAAACAGAUCCAUUAUAUCAUUGAGACGUGUUUGACCGCCACCUACAUAGAGGGGGGCCCACUUCUGCCAUCUCUCGAGCACCUGGUGGAGUACUACAGCAUGUAUGCAGAUGGCAUUGCAGACACACUCUCCGUCGCCAUAUCGCCAUCUAAUGCCCUAAUGCCAAUGUCAAAACAUGGCGGGAAAAUUCUGGAAAGGGUCAUACCUACCUCACCAAAUAAGAAAUACGUUAGCCUCAAAACGCCCAAAGUUCCCCAACCUCUGGUGUUAGACAUAAAUAAAAUCGAAAUGGGCGCUGAGUUAGGCUGUGGUGAGUUCGGUUCCGUUUUGAAAGGCAAAUGGAAGGCACCGAAUGGAGAUGUGAUACCGGUAGCAAUAAAAACGCUGCAUGAUAAUUACAUCACCACGAAUAAAGAUGAAUUCCUAUCAGAAGCCAAAAUUAUGGUCAAACUCGACCACCCAAAUAUCGUCAAAUUGAUUGGCAUUUGUCAAGGACCACCUCUUAUGCUGGUACAGGAAUUAUUAUCAAUGGGGUCCUUACAGGAUUUCCUGCUGGACUACCCAAAGAAGAUCAACCUCGAUGUCGAUGUACUUCUCUGGGCCGAACAAAUUAGCUCAGGUAUGAUGUAUUUGGAGCAGGAGGGUAUGGUUCACAGGGACUUAGCCACACGCAACAUUCUACUGGCCAGUAAAAAAUUAGCGAAAAUUUGCGACUUCGGCUUAUCGAGAGCAAUGGAGGGAUGUGAUUAUUACAGGGCGCACCAAGGCGGGAAGUGGCCAGUCAAGUGGUACGCUCCCGAGUCCAUAAACUACGGAACAUUCUCGAGCGCCAGUGAUGUGUGGGGCUAUGGAGUGACCCUUUGGGAAAUUUACUCACUUGGAGACCAGCCUUAUGGCGAAAUGAACGGCGCUGAUGUAAUAAACUUCAUCGAGAAUGGCCAUCGCCUAGCACCUCCCGCAUGCUGUCCUCUAUUCAUGUCUAACCUCAUGUCACAGUGCUGGCAAUAUGACCAGAAGAAGAGAAUCACCUUCAAAGAAUUACACGAACUAAUUGAAAAUUACAUCAAUAGUGGUGGUAACGGUGGGGGCGUUUCUGCAGCUGGUGGGGUCGCUUCUAGUGGCGGUGGCGCUUCUAGUGGUGGAGGCAGUAAUAGUGGGGUUAAAAAGGUGGUUAUAGCUGGUGCUGUGCUGGGAGCAAAGUUUGUAGAGGCGGAACAAACUGAAAAAGUCGUUAAAAACGUGAAUGAUGAACGUUUGAAGAGGUAG